AUGGCUGAUGACAACAAGUCCCCGCCUCCCACGGCACGAGAGAAGCUCGACGCUCAGAUCAAGUCUGCAGACAUGACCGAUGACAUGCAACAAGAAGCCAUCGAGGUUGCUCAGGAGGCGAUGGGCAAGUUCAGCAUCGAAAAGGACAUUGCGCAGCACAUCAAGAGAACUUUCGACGAUCGCAAGGGCCCGACCUGGCACUGUAUCGUUGGCCGCAACUUUGGCAGCUACGUGACGCAUGAGACCAAGCACUUCAUCUACUUCUACCUCGGCCACUGCGCCAUUCUGCUCUUCAAGACCCAGUAA